AUGUCUGAAAGGGGUCAAGGUCAGCACAGAGGUGGCGGACGUGGAGGUGGUAGAGGACAAGGUGAACACAGAGGCGGUAGGGGCGGUGGUAGAGGAGGUCAUGGUGGGGAGAGGGGUGGACAUGGCGGGGGAAAUUUCGAGAAACCAAAGAAGGAGAAUAUCUUGGACUUGGGAAAGUACAUGGAUAAGCAGGUCACAGUCAAGUUCAAUGGUGGCAGACAUGUGAAAGGCACAUUGAAGGGUUAUGAUGCUUUGAUGAAUUUGGUAUUGGAUGAUGUGGAGGAGAAACUGACUGAUGAUGAAGGAACCGAAGCUUGGAGAUCAUUAGGUUUAGUGGUUGCAAGAGGAACCCUGCUCAUAGGAAUAAGUCCAGUUGAUGGCAGCGAAGAAAUCGCGAAUCCUUUCAUACAACCGGAAGAAUGA